AUGUCUUUCAAUAUAAUCGAAGCAACAAAAGACCAUGCUACGGGAAUUUUGGGUCUCAUAAAGGUUUAUAUACUUGUUAAAAUCAACUGUUGAAAACGCCGAGUUUAAGGAGCUGGCAGAGUAUGAAAAAAUGGCCGAUCAAGUAAAAGUCACUGAAGAGCAGCUGGCAAAUGACUUGGAGAAUAAGGCUGUUUUAGGUUUCUACCAAUUACUUUUCUGAAAAAAAUAGUUCGAAUUUGCAGGUUAUGUCGCUGAAAAAAACGGGAACUUAGUGGGAAUGCUCCUGUUUUAUUAUGCUUAUUCAACCUGGCAAGGACAGGUAGAGGGAAUUUUACGAUGGAACUUUAACUUUUUUACAGUACAUUCACAUGGAAGAUUUGUACAUUCGUGAGAGUUUCCGACGAUCUGGACUGGGAAGGCUUCUUUGGAGAAAAUUAGCUCAGGUAGUGUUUUGAAUGAGAAAGAUGUUGGUUAGGCUGCUAAAAAUAUUCCAAUUUGGAAUUUAAAAAAUGAAAAAUUUCCCUCUUUAUACACAAUUAUUAUAAUCAUAAACUUUUUUUACAGAACGCGAGAGAAAAAAAUUUCGAGGUUACAGUGGAAUGUUCUAGGUUGGAACAAAACGGCCAUCAGUUUCUAUGACACGGUAAAUUAUCUCAAAAAAAUAUCUAUAAAAAAAUCUUCAGGCAGACUAUGUAAAUCUGACAAAAAUCCGAAGGGUGGCUCACUUUUUCGAAUGACGGAGGAGCAGAUCGACAAACUCGCCUCGUCGCCCAGUAAAAGUUCCGAUUCAGCGUAA